UUUUGUCUCUGUCAGUGAGCGCUCCUCCCGGGCCGAGGCGGCUGAAAGGAUUUCCAGAGGGCAGGUGUUGACUGUAAGAGUGCAAGAAAAGGAAAGGGAGAGCAAAGAGCCUGGGGAGGAGAGAUCCCGUCCUCGCAGCACAAGCAGCUGGUGAGAGUUGGUGGGUGACUGUUUGAAAAGCUGCCGCAGACUCAACAUGGCUCAGGUGCUGCACAUGGACCACGGCUUCCCAGGGAAACUCAACCCGCCUGCCCCCCCCUCCCUGAACGGCAAAGAACAGGAGGCCAACUACUCAGUGGAGACCCCCUAUGGCUACCGUCUGGACCUGGACUUCCUCAAAUAUGUAAACGACAUAGAGAAGGGAAACACCAUCAAGAAGGUGCCGAUCCAGCGCCGGCCUCGCUAUGGCUCCCUGCCCCGUGGUUACGGCUACGCCGGCUCCUGGUGGACCUCCACAGAGUCUCUGUGCUCCAACACCAGCAUGGACAGCCGGCACUCCUCCUACUCUUACUGCGCCCCGGGCUACCACACAACGCAGAGGCCCAGCUUCAGCACGGCCCGGGUGGAGAAGACCCUGCUGGACGCACGCAGGAAGUUGGAGGAGGAGAAAGAGGGGCGGAGGUUUUCCAACCUGGGGAGCAUGCACAGCAGCGUAGCAGGCUCAAACACCUCCAUCAGCAGUGCUCACAGCUUCAACAGGGCACACGGUGGAGGGGGAUCAUUCACACCCAUGAGCUCAGGCCUGUCCACUCCUGUGACUCCGACGCCGCAACACCUGCAGCACGUCAGGGAGCAGAUGGCUGCAGCGCUCAGGAAGAUCAGGGAUCUGGAGGAGCAGGUUAAGACCAUCCCGGUGCUGCAGGUCAAAAUCUCCGUGCUGCAGGAGGAGAAACGGCAGCUCAGCGUCCAGCUCAAGAGCCAGAAGUUCCUGGGUCACACUCUGGGUUUUAGCCGCGGCCGUCCCAGAGGAGAGCUCUACAUCGACAUCCCUGAAGAAGAGGUGAGCACGGCGAAAAGCAACAAACCAGCAGACACGCUGUCUCCCACCACAGCCGAGGGCUCCAAGCAAGACUCAGGCUGCGAGAUCGAGGACACAGUGAUCGUAGGAGGAGCGAGACCAGACGCAAAACGGGAAGUGCGGACCAUCGGAGUGGGACCUGAGGACUCCAAGGGAACUCGGGAGGUGGGCGUCGGUGUUCGGGAGGAGGAUCUGGGGCUGCAGCCAGAGACCCAGGCUCUCAGGAAUCAAGUGGGUCAGCUGGAGGGCCACUUAAAGAGGACGAUGCAGGAGCUGCAGGCGGCACAGCAGCAGCAGGCGGAGGCGGGGCAGAAGGGACCUCAGGCGGAGCAUCCCAUCAUGGCUACCAGCACAGGCUGGCAGGAGCCGCAGGGCUGCAGUCUGCACACUCUGGUCAGCUUCGCUCAGCUGCCGCAGCAGAGGGAGCAGAGGACUGUGGGGAUCCAGGUGUACACGCUGGAGCAGCCCACUGUGGUGGAGGUGGGAACUCUCCUCCGAGCAGAGACCUGCAGCUCCCCCACGCCUCAGCCAGCUGAAGGAGCCGCGGAGGAACAACACAGAGAACAAGCUGAAGAAACUCCGGUCGAGUUGCCGCUUGCGAUCAGCUCAAAGGAGGUACGAGACGUCUUGAAGUGCGAGCUGUCCACUUCAGAACCCGUCGCUGCUCCUGCCAUCGCUGCUGAUCAGAUCAGUUUGUUGCCUUCAAAAGAAGCCGAGACGCUCCUGCACACAUCUACAGAGGCUGCUCAGCCACAAGAAGGCGCUCAGACAGCGUCCUCCCCUUCCUCUUCUCUGAGGUCCAUUAUGAAGCGGAGAGCACAAGGUGAACCAGGAUCGCCUUCUACAAAGAAAAACCUACAGUUCAUCGGAGUCAAUGGAGGGUAA